AAAAGGCAUCUCGUCGGUGGCUGCGUUGCGUCGAAACGUUUAAGUUUAAUGCCCAAAAAGCCUUAAAAAUACAUUUUCGAAAGAAUUCGAAAAUUACAUAAUGCGCCUCUGCGCUUAUCGGUCAGAUGUUUGGCAAUAUCCGCAAGAGAGCAGGCAAAUAAAUAAACACAGAAAACUGAGCUUCCUCCGAACACAACAGAAGAAACUGUUUUAGAAUUCUUGAUCACAAAAUAAAUGAAAACGACAUGAAAACGACAAAGAAACAACAAGUUAUUAGCGGUAUUCAGCGUAAGACACGCAGCAGCCAAAAAUAAAUUGGCAAAGACAAGCAAAACGUAAAGAUUUCUCCUAGACUGCCUUGCUAGCGUUUGAAUUAUUGCAGUCCUCGGUGCCCGAUACGAAGUACAAUAAAUACCGUGUCUAUAGAAUCAUUUUUGAAAAUAAUCUAGCAGUUUAUGUGUUUCCGACAAUCCUUAGUCAGGUGCCGCGUUUGAGUUUAUUGAACUAUAUAUGCCCGUUACUCUGCACGUCCAAUCCGAAGGACCAAUCGAUACAAUAUAGGAUAGCAUUUAAGUAGUUUGUUCAGAAGAUCGCAGCUGCGAGCCGCCAUGGGCAACGGAUGUUCCAAAUGCUGCCAGUGCAAUGAGCACAAACAGAUAAACGGUGCCCUCUCCUCGGCCUCUUCGGUGUACAGGAAAAGGAGCCGCAAUGAGAUUCCCAUCGAGAACUCGGACCGCUUUCGCAUUACGGCCACCAGCAACGCCGUCCAACUGGCCGUGGAGCAUGUACAGCGGGAGGACGCCGGUCACUAUACGCUGUUCGCCAGGACGAAAAGACAGGACGUGGUGCGCCGGCAUGUGGAGCUCAUCGUGGAAGACAGAUCGGCGGGCGAAGACCCACCUGUGUUUCUCCGCCGCCUCGCCGACCUCUCCGUAAAGGUUGGCACCCGCACCCGCCUACUCGCCGAAAUCCGGAGCUCAACCGAUUUGAAGCUCACCUGGUACCGAAACGAUCGGCGGGUGUGCGCCAACGACCGCAUCUCAGAGAUCAGCGAGGGCACCUUCCACUACUUGGAGGUAAGUCCGGUGACUCUGGAAGAUGGCGGCCAGUGGAUGCUGAUGGCCGAGAACUUAGGAGGCCGCAACUCCUGCCUGGCCACACUCAAUGUGCUGGUGCCGAAGGCCUACAAGACACCUGAGUUUGUGGAGGAGCUGCGGGCGGUUCUCACCGAGCAGGGCACCGUCUCCUUGGAGUGCAAGGUGGUGGGAGUACCGACGCCGCAUCUGAGAUGGUUCAAGGACUCGCGCGAGAUCAAGGCGGGCGACAUGUUCGCGUUGACGGCAAAUGCGGAUGAUCCCACCAGCCUGGGAACCUACACCUGUGAGGCGCGCAACUGCAUGGGCGUCACCUACUCCAGCUCCAAGGUGCAUGUGGUGGGCAGAGGCAGUCGCGAAGGCUCCCUCAAACCGGCGGACAGCGUGGCUAAUAAUGCCCCACCUCCGAUCUUUACGAACGAACUGCGGGACAUGAGCGUCGGCAUCGGUGACACUAUUAUACUGGGCUGUCAAGUGGUGGUGCCUCCCUGGCCCAAGAGCGUGUGCUGGUACAAUACGAGCGGACGCGUGGAGACCGCCGAGCGGUACAAGCUGAUAGAAGACGGCCUGGGCGUCUACAUGAUCGAGAUCAAGCCCUCGGAGUCCUGCGACGCUGGCGACUGGAAGUGCGUGGUGACCAGCUUCGACGGCAGCACUGGGAUUACUACGUGUUCCGUCAAAAUGGACAUUCCCCGGAACUAUCGCAAGCCGCGAUUCAUGGAGAGCCUGCGAGCUGUACUGACCGAGGAGGGACUGGUGUCCUUCGAGUGCAAGGUUGUGGGCUUCCCCACUCCCGCCCUCAAAUGGUUUAAGGAUGGCCACGAACUGAAGCCCGGGGACGUCUACCAGCUGACAGGAACAAACUCCUUGGGCACUUACUGCUGUAUUGCCAGCAACUGCAUGGGGGAGACCAGUAGCACUGCCGUUUUAACUGUGGAGGACAUCCAGAACCAGCUUACGGACGAGGAGCGCCUGGGCUUCACUCAGCAAAACCAGGCACCCAAAUUCCUAACAGGACUGAAGAGCACCGACGCCAAAAUCAACGAGCCCUUCCAAUUCAAGGUGGUGGUAAGGGCGACCCCAGAUCCCAUACUUUCCUGGUUCCGCGACGAACUGCCGAUCGAUCCAAAUGAACGAUACAACCACUAUCGCGGACAGAGCGAUGACUGGGUCCUGGACAUCAAGUCCGUUGAGUUCGUGGAUCAGGCUGAGUGGAAGUGCGUGGCAGUCAAUGACUUUGGCACCAGCAUCACCUCCUGCUUCCUCAAGCUGCAGAUCCCCCGGCACUAUAAGAAGCCGCGCUUCCUGGAGUGCCUCCGUGCUGUUUUGACGGAGGAGGGAGCCGUGAACUUGGAGUGCAAGGUCAUCGGAGUGCCUCAGCCGGCGCUAAAGUGGUACAAGGAUGGCGUGGAACUCAAGCCAGGCGAUAUUCAUCGCAUUAUAUCUGGACAGGACGGAACCUGCUGCUUGGGAACCUACACCUGUGAAGCCCGCAACUGCAUGGGCGUGGUGGCUAGCUCCGCCUCGCUUUUAGGCUUCGAGGAUGCCCAGAAGAGCCAGCAGCAACAGAUCAGCGAACAGCGGGAGAAUGAGCUGCAGAGGAACCUUUCAUUGUCCACCAUCCAGGAGGAGCGGACCUCACAGCUGUACGAGACGCCCAUGGGGGACAUUACUAUAGACGACAAAGGCGAUGUGUCCUUCUCGUUCGACGGCAAGGAAGUGUCCGUCUCUCUCUACGAAACCCCAGAUCUGACCGAGGAGGAGGCCCUCAAGAUUGUGGAGAUGUAUGCGGAUCAGAUUUCCGAGCACGUAACCGAGCACAACAUAGUCGAGUUGCCGCCACUGCGCUUCGUCAAGGAGACCUCGCAAUCGGGAAAGCUCCUGAUGGAGGCUGUCGUCAUAGACAUUUCGCCAGAGUACUUUAGCCACGAGGAGGAUAUGCGCACGGAGGCCGACAUAGACGACGUGUCCAUCAAUGAGAUAACUGUCCACGGUUCCUCCGGCAUGGAGGGCCGGUUCGACAGCGAGAUGGAACAAUAUGCGCAGGAGUCGUUUGACAAAAUGACGGAGGAAUUGUCGCUGUCGGCGCCCAUUCGGAAGCGCAAGAAGUCGAAGCCCACGGAGACAGAUGAGUUCUUCAGCUUGUCCAAGGCAUCGGCCUUGGAGGGCGACGAGGAGGAUGCCUCCGACUUGCAGACAUUUGUCAGUGCGCAGAUGUCCGCAUCCCAGAAGGCUGAGGAGAAGGAUACGGCGGUAGUCCCGCCGCAGAGGAAGAAGUUUAAGAAGCCAACGGACAGCGACUCCUCAAAGACCACUGAAGACGAGGCGCGAUUGCAGGACAUUUCAGGAGCAGUUGGAGAUGGGCUAAUGGUUUCCCCAUCCUCGCACGCCAAAGUGGUGACCGAUGAGAAUGAAAUCAAUAAGAACCUAAUGGCCCUUAUUCCGCUGGCCAAGCUGCUCAAGGUAAUCGAGAACCACCUCGCGGCAGUGGAGAACGAGGUGAUGGAACAGUCCACCAUGAUGAUGACCCCGUCUGCGGCUGAUCAGAGCAUUGCCAUCAUCCGCAACAUUGUUGAUCCCAUCAAGCAAAUCGAAUCGAAGUUGAGGGUCUUUUCCGGGGAGACUCAGAUAGACACAUUGAUCCAAUCCAUGGACGAGGACAUCCGGCAGCUGCAUCUGGGCCUGCAAGUCAUAGAGAAGUGCGUGGAAAUCGAUGAGACGGGAGCCACGUUGAUCCAACGAACCAGUGUAUGCAUUAUCGACAGCGUGGCCGAGCAAAUGAAGCGAGCCCUCGGAGAGUUGAAGGUCAUGAGUCAGAAGUUCGAGUCGGAGUGCCUGAGGGCCCAGAUCGAAUUGACGGCCGAUGACAUCCAACAGGGCCUGGAGAUUACGCAGGACACUAUAAGGUCGCAGGCCUUGCUGCAAGAGGCCCAGGAGCUGGAGGCGGCUAAGCACUUCACGGAGACUGUGGAGAAGAUGCAGGAAGUUCCCGACUCCGUAUCUUUUGCCACCAUUUCUGAAGCCAAUUUACCCAGCGAGGCGAGUUCCUUAAAACUGAUCUGCCAGCCAGUGGCCCGGAUCCAGGAGGCUUUGGAGCGUGUCGAAAUGGAACUUUCUCUCGAGGAGUCCGAGGAGCAGAUUUACCGAAAGGUCCACCAGAAAGUCCUCGAGAGCAUUGUUGAGCCCAUUAAGAGCUUGCAGAGCACCUUGCAGUCCAUCGAGGACAAGACGGAGUCCCUGGCCGGGACAGACUCUAUGGAGCAAAAGGUCAAUAUGGCCAUUCUGGACAUUGUGACGCCACCGCUCUUUGAGCUUAAAAAGGGUCUAGAGGUUAUCCUCAACGAGAAAUCGGACAGCGUGGAAGGCGGCAUGCUCACGGUGAGCACGGUCGAGUCGAUGGUUCCCCCUCUGCAGGAGAUUCAGAAUGGACUGGCGCAGCUGGGUCAGGAUCUGGAAAGCGGCCAGGCUGCCGAGCCAGUGGAGGCUGAACUCCCACGUGAGCAGGCCAUGGAUGUGGCAGAUACCCAAAAGCUCCUGCAGUCUUUUGCUCAGGCAGUAUUGCAUUUCGAAACGAACAUAGAGGGGAUCUCCCCCCGACUGUCCUCCAAUGUGAAAAUCCGGUUGACAAACCUGAAGGACGAACUCUCCGCCUUGAUAAGCACCAUAUUGGAAAAGAAUAUAACUGGCAACCAUGUGGAGCUCCUAACUAAGCUGAAGCGCCCCGUGGACGAGCUCAACUAUUGCAUUCGGCAAACUGAGGUAAAGUCCAUGACUGGAUCUCUGGCGGAUCUAAUUGAGCCGCUCAGCACGUUGCAGGACAGCACCAAAAAAGGACAUGGUCACUUUUUGGCGGUGAGGGAGCCCGACCAACAGACUCUGCAAACUUUGGAAAACAUAAGCGGCAUUAUUCGUAAUGCGGUCAUUGAUAUUGAGGAGCAUGAGUUCCGGAUUCUGCAGCAGGAGAUUCAGCAGGAUGAGGCGCAGGCUUCUCAGCAGCAGGACAAGUCCUUCAGUGCCCUGCGCAAGGUACUGGAAACGAAAGUCUCCCUUGAGGAGGCAGUAGCCAACAUUGAAACGCUCCAGGAGGCUUUGAACAAAAUUUGCGACAAUCCCAGAGCUCCUGAGCCCAUCAAGGCUUCGGCCAAGGAAGCUCAGGUGCCUCUCUUGCGGAUUCUACAAACAGCCCAGGGACUGGCCAAGUUCAGUGAAGCGGAGACCACCUUUGAUGUCAACGAGGCUAACACAACCAGGAUACUCUUCGAAUGCGGAAAAAGCUUUUCCGAUCUGGCCAAGGCUCUGGGGACCCCGGAGUCUCCGUCCGGAGAUGAAUUCCAUAGUGCUCUAGGACAGUUUACUGACAUUGUUGAUCAGCAAAUGCAGUCUAUGGAUGAGAAGCUGGCCAUAGCUAGUCCAUUGGCAGGCCUGAUUCGCGUCCUCGAAAGUCUGCAACCCCCACGGGGAUCCCUUGAGGACGUGUCCACCUUAGAUGAUGUAUCGGUAUUUAAGUCUGUAGCCGAAUCUCUACCAACAGACUCUGUUUCGGAGAAAGCCGAGCUCAUUUCGGAGAAACCAUCACGACUUGAAGUCCUCUUGACCGAUCUAAAUCAAGGCAUCUCCGCUGUUUUUUCUCACUGCGAGGAAGGAGACGUCGCCUCUCUAUCCGAAAAAUCCUCAAUCCAAGUCCAGGAGGCGAUGGUCAAGAUGCAAGAAUUGCAGAAGAGCAUUGGGGUUCUGCAGGAAACGAACAUCAUGGACGCGGUGCACUCAAUUUCCGAUGCCAGCCACCAAGGCACCUUCGCAGAGGCGCUCUGUAGUCUAGAAAGAUGCGUCCUGGAAGUGGAGGAGUGCUUGGCCCACAGUGGUCCGGUGGAAAGCCUUAGUGACUUGGAGCUGUCAAAGCUCAAGGUGCUGGCUAAUCCCCUGCACGACGUGAGACUCUGCUGUGAGCAAAUGGAAGUACAUCUUAUGGAACAUGCCCCAGAUCUAUCCACCCAGGACGACAUAUCCGACCUCAAGAGCAGCGGGCAGGCACAGACAGUUUCGGAGCACAUUCAGGUAGCUGUGAUUGCAGAGGAGCCUAUAGUAGAGGUGUUUGACAUUCAGCAAGGAGUGGCCAGCGGCAUUAAACAACUGGAGGCCUGCCUGGAGGUCACCCAGACGGACGGAAACGAGGAGCUCCAGCAGGUGGGGCACAUUAUGGAGCAGCUAAAGACGGAUUUGCAGAGUAUUCAGAGUGUCCUGGUGGCCGAAAGCGAUCAGCACGAGACCGUAUUGGCCCAAGCCAAGAUAGCCCGUACCAUGUUCCGUCUGAAGGAGUGUCUGGUGCACACCUAUGAGUCCGGGUUGGUGGACUCGCUUGAGACCGUGGAGAGUGCCUUUGAAGACAUACUGCUUUCCCUGCCCAUAUUGGAGAGUCAGUUGGCCGAGGAAAUGUUCUGCAAGAUCGAACUGGCUUUCCGGAACUUUGUAGUCCGUUGCGAGGACCAGCAGGACGAAAAUCUGGCAGCUCUAAAACCAUCCAUUGAAAACCUGGCCCAGUCGAUUGCGGCUGUGGCCUCGCAUCCCACCGUCGACGUGGAGAAGUCUUCAGGCGUGGUGGUGCAGCUCCAAACCAGCCUCAUGUCUGCCUUCAGAAGCCUCAAUGACGUCAGCGAGCGGCUCAGCAACGAAGAAUCGGCAGCUCUCCUAAAAACCCAAAGUGGCCUGGUGGCCGUGUUCGAUUUUAUUGAGGGAAGUGAGAACUCCAUACGGGUCAUUGAACUGCUGCAGGAAAUCGAUUCCGUGGCCACUGAGCUGAAGGCACUGUCCCAAAUUCCAACAGAGCCGUCGGUCCCGAUCGACAUAACUUCGAUUAUUGAAAACGUCUCCUCUGGCAAGGCGUUCCUUACGGAAUUAGAGGAGGGGCUCAAGGCCAACAGUGCCCGGUGCAUUCUGCUGCUUGACGAAAACACAGAAGAUGUCGCCCAGUUGGAGGCAACACUACUUCAAAUCGAGGAGGAGAUCUUGAGUCAGCCUCAGCUGACACGGAUCAACGCCAAGCAAGUGGCCCUUAUAGAGGCUCUGCAGGGUCAGCUGGACAACCUCAAAGAAAAACUGAACAGACUGGGUGUUUUCUUGGCCGAAAUCCAAACACAACCCACUGUUUCGUCUUCAGAGUCUGUGUUGGAAACUGAUUUGGAAACGGGAGAAGAGGGAAGCCCAGAAGACACCGAGCCUGAAGCAAAGAAAGCUAAGUUAUUGGAACAUGAAGAACCAAAGAAGCAGCAAGUGGAUUCUCAGAAGAUAUCUACAGAGGGUGAGGAAAUCCAUCCUGAAAAGAACCUGGAAGCAGAAACCCUAUCACAAGGAACUGACGCUACCACGCCUACUAUAAAAGAGGGAGUGACUCCCGUCCUUGACGAAAAAGCAGCCCUUCAAGCGAUUCAUGAAAAGUUAAAAACGAAGCUUGUGGGUUUGGAUAGUGAUGGCAGUGUCUCCAUUACAACUGAAUGUCAGAACAUUCUCGACAAUAUCGACGACAAUGUAAAGGUAGCCAAGUCUAUAUUCAAACUUCGAGAACACAUAGUACAUACUUACGAUGGAAGUACUCAGCAGGAGGAGGAGAGUAGACUCGUCGAAGAAUUUAUCGAAUCACUUCUAGAAGCCUGCCCAGAAGCUGCGGAGCAAGUGAUGAAAAAUUAUCUGAAAGAAAUCAAAACCAAUGUCAUCUUAACGAAAGCAGCCCUUCAAUUAAUCGACGAGAGCCAAGUGCUUAUUAAGCCAUCAUUAUUGAUCUCUAAACUGGAAAAUUUAGAAAGCAUUUCCCAAAAAAUUCAAACACAGCCACAUGUGGACAAGUCAUCAGAAAAAAUGAUCAGCCUGCAACAAAGCCUAAUGGACAUUUUCAUCAUUUUAGACGACAUCCUAAACGAGAAAUCGGGAAUAACAAACCAAAGCAUUGAAGAACUGAAAUCUUUAUUGCUGAGCGAAUAUGAUUAUAUUGAAAAGAAGCAGGAUCAGCUUCACACAUCCAUUGUCAAUGGAAAGAUUCAAGAAAUCACACUUCACAUUUUAAAUAUUUGUGAGGAUCUAAAAGAAUUGGUUCAAAAACAAAUCGAAACGAAGGGCGAUGAAAAGAAUCUUGAAACACCUCCAUCACAAUCCGAGGACGUCGUUGACCACAAAAAAAGCGAUGAAUCGGAAGCUGAAUCGAUUCAAGCAAAAGCUUUGGAGAAACAAUCUCUGGAAGAGCAGCCGUUGGAUGAAAAGACCCAAAAACAAGGAGAACUGGAGGCUGACAAGAAAUCCGAGAAGGCCGAAGUAUCUGAAGUCCUCGCUGAGAAAAUAUCUGAGGAAAAGGUGGAUGAAUCAAAGAAAUUGGAAGUCAAGGAAUCGGAAACUAAGCCCGAUCAAGCAAAGGCUUUGGAGAAAAAAUCUCUGGAAGAACAGCAGUUGGAAGCAAAGACCCAAAAACAAGGAGAAGUGGAGUCUGACAAGAAAUCCGAGAAGGCCGAAGUAUCUGAAGUCCUCGCUGAGAAAAUAUUUGAGGAAAAGGUGGAUGAAUCUAAGAAAUUGGAAGUCAAGGAAUCGGAAGCUAAGCCCGAUCAAGCAAAGGCUUUGGAGAAAAAAUCUCUGGAAGAACAGCAGUUGGAAGCAAAGACCCAAAAACAAGGAGAACUGGAGUCUGACAAGAAAUCCGAGAAGGCUGAAGUAUCUGAAGUCCUCGCAGAGAAAAUAGCUGAGGAAAAGGUGGAUGAAUCUAAGAAACCAGAAGCCAAGGAAUCGGAAGCUAAGCCAGAUCAAGCAAAGGCUUUGGAGAAACAAUCUCUAGAAGAACAGCAGUUGGAUGCAAAGACCCAAAAACAAGGAGAACUGGAGUCUGACAAGAAAUCCGAGAAGGCCGAAGUAUCUGAAGUCCUCGCUGAGAAAAUAUUUGAGGAAAAGGUGGAUGAAUCUAAGAAAUUGGAAGUCAAGGAAUCGGAAGCUAAGCCCGAUCAAGCAAAGGCUUUGGAGAAAAAAUCUCUGGAAGAACAGCAGUUGGAAGCAAAGACCCAAAAACAAGGAGAACUGGAGUCUGACAAGAAAUCCGAGAAGGCCGAAGUAUCUGAAGUCCUCGCUGAGAAAAUAUCUGAGGACAAGGUGGAUGAAUCUAAGAAAUUGGAAGUCAAGGAAUCGGAAGCUAAGCCCGAUCAAGCAAAGGCUUUGGAGAAACAGUCUCUGGAAGAACAGCAGUUGGAUGCAAAGACCCAAAAACAAGGAGAACUGGAGUCUGACAAGAAAUCCGAGAAGGCCGAAGUAUCUGAAGUCCUCGCUGAGAAAAUAUCUGAGGAAAAGGUGGAUGAAUCUAAGAAAUUGGAAGUCAAGGAAUCGGAAGCUAAACCAGAUCAAGCAAAGGCUUUGGAGAAACAAUCUCUAGAAGAACAGCAGUUGGAAGCAAAGACCCAAAAACAAGGAGAACUGGAGUCUGACAAGAAAUCCGAGAAGGCCGAAGUAUCAGAAGUCCUCGCUGAGAAAAUAUCUGAGGAAAAGGUGGAUGAAUCUAAGAAAUUGGAAGUCAAGGAAUCGGAAGCUAAACCCGAUCAAGCAAAGGCUUUGGAGAAACAAUCUCUGGAAGAACAGCAGUUGGAAGCAAAGACCCAAAAACAAGGAGAACUGGAGUCUGACAAGAAAUCCGAGAAGGCCGAAGUAUCUGAAGUCCUCGCUGAGAAAAUAUCUGAGGAAAAGGUGGAUGAAUCUAAGAAAUUGGAAGUCAAGGAAUCGGAAGCUAAACCCGAUCAAGCAAAGGCUUUGGAGAAACAAUCUCUGGAAGAACAGCAGUUGGAAGCAAAGACCCAAAAACAAGGAGAACUGGAGUCUGACAAGAAAUCCGAGAAGGCUGAAGUAUCUGAAGUCCUCGCAGAGAAAAUAGCUGAGGAAAAGGUGGAUGAAUCUAAGAAACCAGAAGCCAAGGAAUCGGAAGCUAAGCCAGAUCAAGCAAAGGCUUUGGAGAAACAAUCUCUAGAAGAACAGCAGUUGGAAGCAAAGACCCAAAAACAAGGAGAACUGGAGUCUGACAAGAAAUCCGAGAAGGCCGAAGUAUCUGAAGUCCUCGCUGAGAAAAUAUCUGAGGAAAAGGUGGAUGAAUCUAAGAAAUUGGAAGUCAAGGAAUCGGAAGCUAAGCCCGAUCAAGCAAAGGCUUUGGAGAAACAAUCUCUGGAAGAACAGCAGUUGGAUGCAAAGACCCAAAAACAAGGAAAAUUGGAGUCUGACAAGAAAUCCGAGAAGGCCGAAGUAUCUGAAGUCCUCGCUGAGAAAAUAUCUGAGGAAAAGGUGGAUGAAUCUAAGAAAUUGGAAGUCAAGGAAUCGGAAGCUAAGCCCGAUCAAGCAAAGGCUUUGGAGAAACAAUCUCUAGAAGAACAGCAGUUGGAAGCAAAGACCCAAAAACAAGGAAAAUUGGAGUCUGACAAGAAAUCCGAGAAGGCCGAAGUAUCUGAAGUCCUCGCUGAGAAAAUAUCUGAGGAAAAGGUGGAUGAAUCUAAGAAAUUGGAAGUCAAGGAAUCGGAAGCUAAGCCCGAUCAAGCAAAGGCUUUGGAGAAACAAUCUCUAGAAGAACAGCAGUUGGAUGCAAAGACCCAAAAACAAGGAAAAUUGGAGUCUGACAAGAAAUCCGAGAAGGCCGAAGUAUCUGAAGUCCUCGCUGAGAAAAUAUCUGAGGAAAAGGUGGAUGAAUCUAAGAAAUUGGAAGUCAAGGAAUCGGAAGCUAAGCCCGAUCAAGCAAAGGCUUUGGAGAAACAAUCUCUAGAAGAACAGCAGUUGGAAGCAAAGACCCAAAAACAAGGAGAACUGGAGUCUGACAAGAAAUCCGAGAAGGCCGAAGUAUCUGAAGUCCUCGCUGAGAAAAUAUCUGAGGAAAAGGUGGAUGAAUCUAAGAAAUUGGAAGUCAAGGAAUCGGAAGCUAAACCAGAUCAAGCAAAGGCUUUGGAGAAACAAUCUCUGAAAGAACAGCAGUUGGAAGCAAAGACCCAAAAACAAGGAGAACUGGAGUCUGACAAGAAAUCCGAGAAGGCCGAAGUAUCUGAAGUCCUCGCUGAGAAAAUAUCUGAGAAAAAGGUGGAUGAAUCUAAGAAAUUGGAAGUCAAGGAAUCGGAAGCUAAGCCCGAUAAAGCAAAGGCUUUGGAGAAACAAUCUCUAGAAGAACAGCAGUUGGAUGCAAAGACCCAAAAACAAGGAGAACUGGAUUCUGACAAGAAAUCCGAGAAGGCCGAAGUAUCUGAAGUCCUCGCUGAGAAAAUAUCUGAGAAAAAGGUGGAUGAAUCUAAGAAAUUGGAAGUCAAGGAAUCGGAAGCUAAACCAGAUCAAGCAAAGGCUUUGGAGAAACAAUCUCUGGAAGAACAGCAGUUGGAUGCAAAGACCCAAAAACAAGGAGAACUGGAUUCUGACAAGAAAUCCGAGAAGGCCGAAGUAUCUGAAGUCCUCGCUGAGAAAAUAUCUGAGGAAAAGGUGGAUGAAUCUAAGAAAUUGGAAGUCAAGGAAUCGGAAGCUAAACCCGAUCAAGCAAAGGCUUUGGAGAAACAAUCUCUAGAAGAACAGCAGUUGGAAGCAAAGACCCAAAAACAAGGAGAACUGGAGUCUGACAAGAAAUCCGAGAAGGCCGAAGUAUCUGAAGUCCUCGCUGAGAAAAUAUCUGAGGAAAAGGUGGAUGAAUCUAAGAAAUUGGAAGUCAAGGAAUCGGAAGCUAAACCCGAUCAAGCAAAGGCUUUGGAGAAACAAUCUCUGGAAGAACAGCAGUUGGAAGCAAAGACCCAAAAACAAGGAGAACUGGAGGCUGACAAGAAAUCAAAGAAGGCGGAGGUGUCUGAUGUUCUUCCAAGGAAAAUAUCUCAGGAAGAAGCUGAAGAACAGAAGCAAAAAGAAGACAAGGAACAUGCCCUUGAAAGCUUGAAUGAAAUAUUUGAGACUUGGAUUCAAUGGUUAAAAGUCCAUGCCACUAAGAGCUAUUCAGAAUCCAUAGUUGCGGAAAGGAAUUUCAUUAUGGAUAAUUUUAAUGAUGUCCAUGAAAUUUCCAAAUCUAUUUCCAGUCUGAAUAAUAAAUUAAUUGAUGGGGCUUUAGCGGGAGAGCAUGGAGAGGCGGGCUUCAUUAACGCCAUUAUUGAAUCCCUGUUCGAAUUCUGUCCAGGAGUUGCAGAUCAAGUUAUGCCCAACUGCGUUCGAGAAAUCAAAAGCAAUUGUAUUUUAAUUAAAGCUGCUAUCCAACUCAUUGACGACUGUAACAUGUUUACAAAACCUUCGUUGUUGGUCCCGAAAAUAGUUAAUUUGGAGAGAAUUGCAGAAAAGAACCAAGCUAUCGCUCAGGUGGAUAAGUCUUCCGGAAAAAUGAUAAGCUUACAACAGACUUUAAUGGACUUUUUCGUUAUAUUUGACGAUAUAUUGGAUGAUAAUACUGAGAUAUUAAGGCCUCAAAUAGAAGAUCUAAAAACUGCAUUGCUAAACGACUAUGACUAUAUUGAGAAUAAACAGGGAAACAUAAAUACCGCAUUCGUAAACGGAAAAAUUCAGAUAGUCACUUCAAAAAUCUUGAAUGUCGUUGAAAACUUGAAAACAUUGAUUGAGGACCUGCAAUUAGAUGCGAAACAGGCUGAUGUAUCUGAAGUCCCUCCAGAGAAAAUAUCCGAGAAAAAGACGAAAGAAUCCAAACAGCCGGAAGUCAAGGAUUCGGACGCUAAACCCGAUCAAGCUAAGUCUUUGGAGAAACAGGCGUUGGAAGAGCAGAAGCUGGAUGCGAAGACCGACAAACAAGUCAAAACUAAAUCCGACAAGAAGUCAGAGAAGGCUGAAGUAUCUGAGGUCCUUCCAGAGAAAAUUUCCGAGAAAACGGCAGAAGAAUCAAAGCAGCCAGAAGUCAAGGAUUCAGAAGCUAAACCAGAUCAAGCCGAGUCUUUGGAGAAACAGGCUUUGGAAGAACAGAAGCUGGAUGCGAAGACCGACAAACAAGUCAAAACUAAAUCCGACAAGAAGUCAGAGAAGGCUGAAGUAUCUGAGGUCCUUCCAGAGAAAAUUUCCGAGAAAACGGCAGAAGAAUCAAAGCAGCCAGAAGUCAAGGAUUCGGACGCUAAACCCGAUCAAGCUAAGUCUUUGGAGAAACAGGCUUUGGAAGAGCAGAAGCUGGAUGCGAAGACCGACAAACAAGUCAAAACUAAAUCUGACAAGAAGUCAGAGAAGGCUGAAGUAUCUGAGGUCCUUCCAGAGAAAAUAUCCGAGAAAACGGCAGAAGAAUCAAAGCAGCCAGAAGUCAAGGAUUCAGAAGCUAAACCAGAUCAAGCAAAGGCUUUGGAGAAACAGGCUUUGGAAGAGCAGAAGCUGGAUGCGAAGACCGACAAACAAGUCAAAACUAAAUCUGACAAGAAGUCAGAGAAGGCUGAAGUAUCUGAGGUCCUUCCAGAGAAAAUAUCCGAGAAAACGGCAGAAGAAUCAAAGCAGCCAGAAGUCAAGGAUUCAGAAGCUAAACCAGAUCAAGCCGAGUCUUUGGAGAAACAGGCUUUGGAAGAACAGAAGCUGGAUGCGAAGACCGACAAACAAGUCAAAACUAAAUCCGACAAGAAGUCAGAGAAGGCUGAAGUAUCUGAGGUCCUUCCAGAGAAAAUUUCCGAGAAAACGGCAGAAGAAUCAAAGCAGCCAGAAGUCAAGGAUUCGGACGCUAAACCCGAUCAAGCUAAGUCUUUGGAGAAACAGGCUUUGGAAGAGCAGAAGCUGGAUGCGAAGACCGACAAACAAGUCAAAACUAAAUCUGACAAGAAGUCAGAGAAGGCUGAAGUAUCUGAGGUCCUUCCAGAGAAAAUAUCCGAGAAAACGGCAGAAGAAUCAAAGCAGCCAGAAGUCAAGGAUUCAGAAGCUAAACCAGAUCAAGCAAAGGCUUUGGAGAAACAGGCUUUGGAAGAGCAGAAACUUGAUGCGAAGACCGACAAACAAGUCAAAACUAAAUCUGAUAAGAAGUCAGAGAGGGCUGAAGUAUCUGAGGUCCUUCCAGAGAAAAUAUCCGAGAAAACGGCAGAAGAAUCAAAGCAGCCAGAAGUCAAGGAUUCGGACGCUAAACCCGAUCAAGCUAAGUCUUUGGAGAAACAGGCUUUGGAAGAGCAGAAGCUGGAUGCGAAGACCGACAAACAAGUCAAAACUAAAUCUGACAAGAAGUCAGAGAAGGCUGAAGUAUCUGAGGUCCUUCCAGAGAAAAUAUCCGAGAAAACGGCAGAAGAAUCAAAGCAGCCAGAAGUCAAGGAUUCAGAAGCUAAACCAGAUCAAGCAAAGGCUUUGGAGAAACAGGCUUUGGAAGAGCAGAAACUUGAUGCGAAGACCGACAAACAAGUCAAAACUAAAUCCGACAAGAAGUCAGAGAAGGCUGAAGUAUCUGAGGUCCUUCCAGAGAAAAUAUCCGAGAAAAAAGCGGAAAAAUCAAAGCAGCCAGAAGUCAAGGAUUCAGAAGGUAAACCAGAUCAAGCUAAGGCUUUGGAGAAACAGGCGUUGGAAGAGCAGAAGCUUGAUGCGAAGACCGACAAACAAGUCAAAAAUAAAUCCGACAAGAAGUCAGAGAAGGCUGAAGUAUCUAAGGUCCUUCCAGAGAAAAUAUCCGAGAGAACGCCAGAAGAAUCAAAGCAGCAAGAAGUCAAGGAUUCGGAAGCUAAACGGGAUCAAGCUAAGGCUUUGGAGAAACAGGCGUUGGAAGAGCAGAAGCUGGAUGCGAAGACCGACAAACAAGUCAAAACUAAAUCCGACAAGAAGUCAGAGAAGGCUGAAGUAUCUGAGGUCCUUCCAGAGAAAAUAUCCGAGAAAACGGCAGAAGAAUCAAAGCAGCCAGAAGUCAAGGAUUCGGAAGCUAAACGGGAUCAAGCUAAGGCUUUGGAGAAACAGGCGUUGGAAGAGCAGAAGCUGGAUGCGAAGACCGACAAACAAGUCAAAACUAAAUCCGACAAAAAGUCAGAGAAGGCUGAAGUAUCUGAGGUCCUUCCAGAGAAAGUAUCCGAGAAAACGGCAGAAGAAUCAAAGCAGCCAGAAGUCAAGGAUUCGGAAGCUAAACGGGAUCAAGCUAAGUCUUUGGAGAAACAGGCUUUGGAAGAGCAGAAGCUUGAUGCGAAGACCGCCAAACAAGUCAAAACUAAAUCCGAUAAGAAGUCAGAGAAGGCUGAAGUAUCUGAUGUCCUUCCAGAGAAAAUAUCCGGCUUUGGAAGAACAGAAGCUGGAUGCGAAGACCGAGAAACAAGUCAAAACUAA